CUUGCAAUCGGAUUUCCAAAUGUUGUGGUAGUGAACGCGGUGAACGUUGGUGGUGGCUGCUUCGCUCUUCGGUUUUUCAUGCCACCGUAUUUCCGCGAUGGCUUCAUCCACGGGAACUCGUAGGGAAGAUAAAAAACAGGAGACCACAACGCUGCCGUUGCAUGACAGGAUGAUGCAAGUAGUUGAUAAACAUGGCGAACUGAUACAAGUUCAGGCAUUGAGCAGAGGAUUCGUAGAGCUUGUGUACUGGCUGAAAUACCGACCAGCGAGAUGCAUCUUCAGCUUCGAGGACCAAAUGCAGAUAUGUGCCAAUCAGCUCGACAAUCUCGCAGAGCAGUACAGGGCUCCCAUCGACGAGUGGCUGGCUCGCAUGACCCAUAUUGAGCAGGAUCUGACGAAGGCCCUUAGGAUUCCACAUAACAGGUUCUGGUCGCAUGCAAUGUAUGAUGAUGGAUUCCACCAGCUGCUGGAGUCUUACCUCCGCCUGGCCCCGAGGUACACGGAACUUCACCGCUACCUUAUUACCAAGGAGAUGGAGGAUGUUGAAGACAGGGUGUACAAGCUGGUGUUCCGCACCUUCCUGCGGCUGUCCACUUACAAGGAGUCCAAGGUGAAUCACAUUGACAAGGAGAAAUUUGCCAACCUCCUCUACGACAACUUCAUCUUCGACAUCCCGAAGAUCUUUGACUUGUGCAUCCUCUUCCAGCGAGGCAAUCACGACCUCGUCUGCCGCAUGGUCGAGAACAUCAUGGGUUGUCAACAGAAGUACACCUCGGACCUGAAAGACAUCGAAGACACCAUGCUCAUGGCAUUUGAGAGAGCGGUGCACUCCAUUCAGUCGGACAUCGACGAUGACGAAUUCGAGACGCUGCCGAGACGGCUAGACGACCUGGCGAAAGGAUCGGAGCUGAGCUCCAUGCCCUUCUGGAAGCUGCUGGAGAGGGUCACGUACACCGUGGACAUUGCAGCCAGCCUGCUGGCCUUCUUCGAGGUCUAUCCAGCCGUCGCAAAGAUCUUUACUCUUGGGACUGUCGGACCUCGGUUAGCGGAAUUCUUUGACUCGACCUUUCCCGUCCUGAAGGAGGAGCUCACCCGUCGCAACAAGCUCAAGAGCUUUGAGCCAGUGUUCACCAUGGUGAAGAGGCGACUCUCCUACGCCAAGACCUGUAUCCUGAAGGUGUUCCGGUCCAUGCUCCAGCAGUCCUGCCUGCAGCCGCUCACCGAGCUGGGUCAAGAGAAACCAACAGGCCAGGAACUUCCCUACCUGGAAUCUUUCUUCGAAGUCAUCUGUAACUGCCUGACAGAGAAACACUUCAUCUUUGCAUACCAGCAGCUCUACCCGGUGGAAGAAGACAUUGGAAUGUUUGAACAGUUCAAUUUCUUUGUGGACAACACGAGAGUGUUGUAUGUCCUCCAAAGCAUAUGCAUGGUGUACGUGGGACUGGGCUGCACGCCUCCGACGAACCUCUCCACUGCACAGGACCUGGCCACGAAACCGAAGGCAGAAAAAACGAUACCUUCCUUCCACAAUGCGAGCAACAACAACGCUGGCAGCGGUGGCAGAGAGGAAGGAGCUUGCGGAGGCGGACCGUCAACUUCAUCGGCGGCUGCGGACCAGAGUUCCCAAGUGCAGAGCCUCGGGGAGCUUUUCCCAGAUAUGCCUUCGGAGUUCCUUCAGCAAUGCCUCGAGUACUACAAUGACAACUAUGAGGAAGUGGUUAUGGCACUCCUAGACAACAACCUCCCUCCAAGCCUCAGUCAGCCAGAACCUUCAAGCUCACGGCUUGCCACGCUUGAAGCAAGGAGCAUCUACGACAAUGAUGAGUUUGACAUCCUACGGAGGGACGACGUGGAUUUGUCCAGAAUACACAUUGGAAAGAAGAGCAAGACGCCAAAGUCCCUGGACGAAAAAGGCCACGACAGAGUGCUGAAGGAGGUCUACGAGAAGUACAGCAUGAUUCACGAGGACGUUGCAGAAGACACGUACGAGGACGAGUAUGACGACACGUACGAUUCCAACGACGUCGGUCUCGAGGAGCCGGCCCGUGGGGACGAAUUGACGAUGCGAAGGCCCUUCACCGUACCUCGUGUCCUGGAACCAAAGCAGGGGCGGAGGAAUGGAGACAGCCGCUAUGACGAUGGCGGAGGAGCCUUCGAGGAGGAAGAACAGUGGCAGCCUCCGAGGGACCAGUUUGUGGCCAACCCGGCGGAGAUCCGCGAGCGACGCGAGCAGAGGCAUCGGGAAAUGAUGGAGAGGAGGGGGGGACCUCCCAGGCAACGAAAUGUUAAAGGUGGCCCCCGCGGACGAGGCCAGUCAAGGGACGUGUUGCGGGACCGACAGCUGAAGGAAAGGCACGGAUCUGCAGGACAUAACCAGAGGGCCCAGGCAGACCACAAGCGCAGCAGAGGAAUGUACUCUUAGCAUCCGCACUCCUUCACCCUCUCCCCGUGUAGGUCCAUAGGCCCGACAACCGUCGGGUGUGGUGCAACGACGAUCCCCAAACGGACGGCGUUAGAGCUCUACCGUGUUUUUGUGGGGCGGGCUGUACAGGGUGUGUUUUUGGAGGAGCUGGUAUUUUUGUUUGGUAGAACUCAAGAUUGCGUU